ACCUCCCUCCUCCCAGUUUGGCUUUGUGGGAGUUUUCCCGACACCGGCACAGAUGCUCUCCAGGCUGGAUAAGGUGAUAACAUCCAGCAUAAGGAACUGUCACUCACUUUCUCCUACAAAACCCUGAAACACAUCUUUAAAACAAAAUUCCCCUGCUCUCUCUCUCUCUGCUUCUGGACCUGAAGUGGCUAACGAAGGCCACGACAUGGCAUCACACAUCCCUGCGCUCCCACAGUCGUACGCUCCAGGGACUGACGGUGUCUUUUCUGAUCAGGCUGGUUUUUACUCUCUGGACUCAAAUGUUCCAGGGCUCUCUAAGGUCAUUCUCAACAAGCUCAACAUGAAAGACUACAAAGAAUACAGGGCGGCUGUUGAAGGAAAACCCACAGGAAUCUCAUUCCGCAACUACAAGGAAAUGUUCCAGAAGAUGGAGGACACCUUCAAGUUCUGCAAUGGCUGCAGCAAACUCCCAGAACAUCUGACCGAGGAACAGGCCCUCAAGCGCUGUGUGAAAUGUUUGAAUGUAUACUACUGCAGUAAGGACUGUCAGAGGAAGGACUGGCCUCAACAUAAAAAGGUCUGCAAGACGCUGCGCCUGGUCGCCAUCGACAGGCUGGUGGAGUGGCUGAUGUUCACCGGAGACCUCCCAUUCACCACUGAGGAGUGGUCCAAGCCCACUGCUGAGGUGAAGACCUGGGACGACUGGCUACCAAUGCAAGGAGAACUUGUUCCCCACUUGGACAGCAUCUUAGCCAGUGCCAACAUGGUAAACCUUUGGAAGAAUGCCAACAGGCCACGGCCAGACAAUGCCGACCUCCGGCAGUCCAUAUGGCGGAUCCAGAGCGAGUUCCUUUCUCGAGUUCUCACAGUUGGCAUGGCAAUGCAACACUUUGGCCUGGACCCGCAAGCUAAACCCAUCACUAUUCAUCUCGUAGGAGCAUCUCACAAUGAGACCAUGGGAGCGAGGCUGACUGACUACGAUGAGCUAAACCGCAUGUUCCCUGGGCACCAGGGCAUUGAGGUGGUCAUGGUGGGACCGGAGGUGGUGCACGGACCCAUCAUGAGGCCUCCCCUCAUGGCUUUUGGUCCGAGGAAAAGGGUCUACAUCAGCACUUACAAGGGCCUCUACCACCAGUUCUGGGAGGAUCUGCUGGAGAAAGCGCAAGCAGCCAAGCCAGAUCUGGUGAUUGGAUUUCAUCCUGGAUUCCAUGCCAACCAGGGUUUGGUAGAAGGCUGGUUACCCACUCUGCUUCUCCUCAGGGACUAUAACAUCCCGUCCUUCUUCACCAUGUUCAGUGAGAUGGAGCUGAAGUACUCCCUGGAGAUCCUGCAGGAGCUCGAGAUGGACAUUAAGGACAGUGGACCCAAUCCGUUUACCUCACAGAAACCAGAGCAGGUCCAGGCCUGUCCCAACAAAAAUCUGGUCUACUGCAACUCUCACUACGUCUCUUUUCACGGACUGCUUCCACGACACGAUUUUGAGGGACCUGGUCCAGAAAUUUAAGAGCUCAUCAAAAAGAUGUUUACAGUGACACAUGCAGCACGGGAGUCCGGAGUCAAACGUUCUUGUUCAGUCCACGUUUUCCUGAGUGACAUUAUGCAUUUUUCCUGACCACAAUUUCAUGUUUUAACC